UGCUCUCAAUAAUCGGUUGUGCUGUGGGUCUGGGCAAUGUCUGGAGAUUCCCUUACCUGGUGUACAGGAAUGGAGGAGGUGUGGGAAUCACUAUGGUCCUCCUGGCUUUUGUUGGCAGUAUUUCCUACAGCUGUAUCGUUGGCUACAGCCUGUUCUACUUGUUUGCCUCUUUCCAGUCCCCCCUGCCGUGGGCAGACUGCUUCAGCUGGUGGGGUGCUGACGAAACCUGCAGCAGGAGUCCCAGAGAUCCUCUUUGUAAUCUCAUUAUGGAUGAUGGAUAUUUUGAAAUUGUUAAUACAACAUGGCUGCUUGCAAACAAUAAGACUUGCUCCAAUGGAUCAGAAAUCCACAUUCCUCACCAGGGCCCAAGUGAGCAAUACUGGGAUAAAGAGGUUUUACGCCGGUCAAAUUCAAUUGAUGAGACGGGAGAGAUAGUCUGGCAUUUAGCUCUCUGUCUGCUUUUGACCUGGCUGAUCAUUGGGGCUGCGUUAUCUAAAGGAAUCAAAUCUUCGGGAAAGGUGGUUUAUUUUACUGCAAUAUUCCCUUAUGUGGUUCUGACCAUACUUCUGAUCCGAGGACUGACCCUGGAGGGAUCCCUUAAAGGGAUUGAGUUCUAUAUUGGAAACCAAUCAGACUUCUCAAGGCUGGCAGAUGCUCAGGUCUGGAAAGAUGCUGCAACUCAAAUUUUCUUUUCCUUCUCUGUGGGCUGGGGUAGCUUAAUAACCCUAUCUUCCUACAACAAAUUCCACAACAACUGUUACAGAGACACCAUCACUGUCUGUGUCGUAAAUUCUGCUACGAGUGUGUUUGCUGGAUUUGCCAUCUUCUCCGUCCUUGGACACAUGGCUCACAUACAAGACAAGUCAGUUUCGGAGGUUGCUCAGUCAGGUCUUGGUUUGGCUUUCAUCGCCUAUCCAGAGGCUCUUGCACAGCUGCCGUGGGCACCUCUAUGGUCUGCUCUGUUUUUCUUCAUGCUUAUCACCCUGGGACUUGACACUCAGUUUGCAACUUUGGAAACAGUUAUAACGACCCUGAUGGACCAGUUCCCUAGCUUUCUGCAAUCAAAGCGGCUUUAUGUGACAUCUGGUGUUUGCUUGUUACUUUAUCUUGUUGGUCUUGUAUGUGUAACCCAGGCUGGGAUUUACUGGAUAAAUUUAAUUGAUUAUUUCUGUACUGGAUGGAUCCUUGUUACAGUGGCUUUGCUGGAACUCAUUGGAAUCAGCUGGAUUUAUGGCACAGUAAAGUUCAUCAAGGACAUUGAGAUGAUGAUUGGGAGAAAGAAUUUUCUCUUCUGGCUGUGGUGGAGAGUGUGCUGGCUUUUCAUCUCCCCAUGCUUGCUGGCAGCAAUCAUAAUCUGGUCUCUGGCAACCAUUGCUCCACCGAUACAUGGAACUGUUGAGUACCCUGUCUGGGCAACAGUACUUGUCUGGUGUAUGGUCACCUUCUGUGCUAUGUGGAUCCCCAUUGUCGCCAUUGUGAGAGUUGUCCAGGCUGAGGCCUCCUCCUUGUGGCUGAAACUUUCUGCUGCUUGUGCAUCAGCUCCUGAUUGGGGUCCAUAUCUCGAACAACACAGAGGGGAAAGAUACCGAAACAAGUCUUAUUCUGCAGAUGCCCCAAUCCAUAUCGAACUCCUCACUGAACCGGAGGUGUGAACAGCUGAGAAAAUGCACCUGUUCAGAUGCUUUCACUGUGUAACUUCAAUGGAAGAUCUUCACAACAGCCAGUAACUCACUGGAACACACAUGGGCAUCAACAAGUAGGGGGUU